AUGGAAAACCAAGAUCCUUCACCACCACCACCACCACAACAAGAUCAUCAUCACUCUCACAAUGAUAAUAAUAUUCAUGAUGAGUCUCAAUAUAAUCCAUUGUUCUUCUUGCCACCACCACCUUCUCCUUCUUCUUCCUCCAUGAUGAUGAUGCAAAACCCUUUGGUGCAAGAAAAUAUUGAUUGGGUUAGUUUCUUCUCUAAUGGAGAAAACAACAACUUGUUUAUUGGAGAGAAUCAUAAUACCAAUAAAGAAACAACAAUGGAAUGUGCUUCUUCUUCUUUUUAUGCUUCUACUUCUACCUCUACUACUUCUAUGCCGUCUCUGAUGACUGAGGUUCAUCAGAGCGGCGAGGAUGAGAAAAAGAAAGGAGGAAGAUUGAUGAAGAAGAAGACGAAGCCGAGGUUUGCAUUUCAAACAAGAAGUGCAGAUGAUAUUCUUGAUGAUGGUUACCGAUGGAGAAAAUAUGGACAGAAAUCUGUGAAGAACAGCAUGUAUCCAAGAAGCUACUACCGGUGCACUCAUCACACAUGCAAUGUGAAGAAACAAGUUCAAAGGUUAUCCAAAGACACAAGCAUAGUGGUGACAACUUAUGAGGGAAUCCAUAAUCACCCAUGUGAGAAGCUCAUGGAAACUCUAACUCCUCUUCUCAAGCAAAUGCAAUUUCUAGCUAGCUUCUAAUAAUAAAGUUUAAAGUUCUAACGGUGACACUACUGAAGCUUCUCUAUAUCUGCUUAGCAACAUGCACAUGUAAUAAUAACUUAAUUAUUUUUAAUUUAUGUAUAUGUAUAUCUAAAUCCCUAAUUAUGUAAUUUUCCAACAAUAAGUACAAAUUAUACACAUUACAAGUUGAUUUUUAUACUUUUUAUGUA